AUGACACAACCCCCGACUUACAAAAGAGCUGGGAAAAAGGCAUGCAGGGCCGUUGGAAGGCUCGGAGCACUUGCUUGCAAAGGACUCCUCUGGGUGUGCUGCGGGCCUUUUCUUUUGUGCGCAAUCUGUCUUAUCAAGCCCAGAAGCAGCUGUAUAGUCAGACAUGUGCCGUGCGAUGCACUCAGACCUACACCACCAGCGCCUCGGCCACGGCGACUCUCAAUACCAUUUAUCGAGAAGCACGCUAAUCAGAAGACUUUCGACCAAUCUCAGUCCUCCUUUAUUCACAAAUUGCCUUUAGAGAUACGGCGGAUGAUCUACACCGAAGCGUUGGGAGGACACACUAUCAAGCUGAGAACAUCUGACGGAAAACCUGUGGCUCAACGGUGUAUUCGUUUCAGCUGUCCCCGCAAGGACAGUGCAGGCCCACUUUCUAGAGAGUUGAACUUUGGCCUUGCGCUCUUAAGAACCUGCCGCCAGAUAUACUCAGAGGCAAUCGAGUUUCUGUAUACCAGCAAUGCUCUCGCGCUUUCGACUUGGGAUGACGAACAGCCGACGUUGGAUUAUCUGUCUUACUACUUCUUGCCGCAUCGACUGACCCAGAUACGCCAACUUCAUAUCGAUUGGGAGUUGGACAGCUUCCACUACAACCGUCGUUUGCAAGUCACAUCAGGCGGCCACAGCUUCGAAGCAUGGAAAAAAUCCUGGAGCGCCCUGCAUGCUAUGACCGGUGUACGACAGCUAAGAAUCGUUCUUUAUUUCCGGUGGCGUGAGGUCGUCGACUGCUACGAAGAGCACUGGAAGCAACAUGAGCUGGAGCUCUUGGAUCCAGUGAAAUCUAUCACAGCACCAAGCACAUUUAUCCUCGUGCUGCCGGAUCGAAGAUGCUCCACCAAUGUGGACAUGGGAAGCUCAAGAUGUGUUCUUCAGCUUCCUCGGCACAGGAUCACAAAAAAAUGGUUGCAGCGACAGCGGCCAGCAACACGGUGCUUGCGUCGGGUAUGUGAAGAGAAGGGAACUGAUAUGGUGACGUACAGAAGGAUCCGCCAAGCGAACCUCGAGCUCAGCUCGGCAGGUACACAAUCUGAACCUCCGAAUCUCGUUCCGUCAUUACGCAACGUGCGCUGGAAUAUACGACUUGGCACGAUGUUGGCACUUGGCGCUCUAGCCGUGUUUGCACAGCUCCCCACCUCUUCACUCACCUCGUACAGUCUCCCGUCAGCCUCUUUCUCAGACCAAGAGGUUCCGCCGGGCUCCUUCACGAUGCGCUCUUUCGUAGCUUCUUCGCUCGUCCUGGGCUUGGCCUCUGCCGCUGUGCUGCCUCGCACUGGACACCACUACCCUGAGAAGCAUGGCAGCAAGCACAACCACACCAAGCUCAACGUCCAAGUUGGCGACCGUCCCUAUUUUCUGGUCGACGACAUGGACGAGGGCUCGCUGAAGGACAAGCUCGAGAGCUGCUCAGAAGGGCCGUUCAAGCCUUCAGACUUCGUCUUUGCGCAUCGUGGCGCGUCACUUCAGUACCCCGAGCACACCUACGCAGCCUACAGUGCUGCCCGCCGUCAAGGUGCAGGCGUCAUCGAGUGUGAUGUCGCCUUCACAAAGGACCUGCAGCUCGUCUGCCGCCAUGCCCAGUGUGACCUGCAUACCACGACCAACAUCCUCAACACCACUCUCGCAUCCAAAUGCACCACCCCCUUCACACCCGCCAACGGCACAGCCCCCGCCUCAGCCAAAUGCUGCACCUCCGACUUCACACUCGCCGAGUUCCAGACCCUGUGCGGCAAACAAGACGGCUUCAACCCCAACGGCACCACCAUCCGCCAGUACAUGGACGGCACGCCCUACUUCCGCACCGACCUGUACGCCUCCGGCUGCCCCAAACUGCUGACCCUGAACGAAUACAUCGACCUCGUCGACUCGUGGGACCUGAAAUUCACCGCCGAGCUGAAGACCCCCGAGGUCCCCAUGCCCUUCAACAACUUCACUCAGGAGCAGUACGCGCAGGCCAUGAUCGACGCCUUCAAGGUCAAGAACAUCGCCCCGGAGCGCGUCUGGCCCCAGUCCUUCCUCCCCGCCGACGUCUUCUACUGGAUCGAUAACGAACCCGCGUUCGGCGCGCAGGCAGUCUAUCUCGACGAGCGCGUCGACACGCCCGCGGGCUACGCGAACGCGACGGCCAGUUUACCCGCGCUCGCAGCCCGCGGAGUCAAGAUCAUGGCACCGGCGAUGUUUGCGCUGACGAAAGUCGACAACGCGACGGGGGAGAUUGUGCCGUCCGAGUACGCCAUCGCGGCGAAGAAGAACAAUCUGGAGAUCGUGGCGUGGAGCUUUGAGCGCUCCGGGUGGCUGCAGAUUGGCGGUGGGGGCUACUACUACGAUUACGUGAAGAGCGUGGUCGGAAAGGACGGCGAUAUGUAUAAGGUGCUGGAUGUGCUGGCGAGGCAGGUGGGGAUCAAGGCGAUGUUCAGUGAUUGGCCGGCGACGGUUACGUAUUACGCCAAUUGCUUCGGCUUGUAG